UCGAAUUUUUCCACCACCAAGUUGGAUUCCUUACAACCAAUCAAAUAUGGUUCACCAGCUGAAUUUCAAAAAGCGUUCAAGGAAAUAGAAGAGUACCUAGGAUCAGAAAAUAUAACUGUUUCAGAGUCGGAGAUUGAAAGUCACUCAGAUUCUUAUUACCAAACUCACCAUCCAUCGCCAGACCAACGUCCUAGAUUAAUCGUUUAUCCAAAAAACACAGAAGAGGUGUCCGGCGUUUUGAAAAUUGCCCAUAAGUAUAAAAUUCCUAUUGUUCCAUUCUCUGGCGGUACUUCAUUAGAGGGUCAGUUUAUAGCCUCUAGAAGUGGUAUUACCAUUGACUUGAAUAGGCUGGACAAAAUUUUAAAAUUGAACGAUAAUGACUUGGAUGUUAUUGUUCAACCAUCUGUGUCAUGGCAAGAUUUGAAUGAAUAUCUGGCACCUUAUGGAUUACUGUUUGGCCCUGAUCCAGGUCCUGGUGCACAGAUUGGUGGUAUGAUUGCAACUUCAUGUUCUGGUACAAAUGCUGCUAGAUAUGGAACUAUGAAGGAUAACGUACUUGGGUUAACUAUUGUCUUAGCUGAUGGAACUAUUGUCAAGACUAAGAAGAGACCUAGAAAAUCAAGUGCAGGAUACAAUCUUACAGGCUUAUUUGUUGGUAGCGAGGGAACAUUAGGCAUUGUAACAGAAGCUACACUGAAACUACACGUCAAGCCUGAGGAUGAAACUGUUGCUGUUUUAAACUUUGACACCAUUAAGGAUGCCACAAACUCAGUGUCAGCAAUUGUUAGAAAAGGGAUACAAGUUAAUGCCGUUGAAUUUUUAGACUCCAAUAUGAUGAAAUGUAUUAAUGAUGUUGGGUCAACUUCGAAAACUUGGGUUGAGAAACCUACGCUAUUGAUAAAAAUUGGUGGUUCAAAAAGUAUUAUAAAGGAGCUUGUGAAAACAAUCAAAGAAGUUGCAGCUGAAAACAAAAGCACAAAUUUUCAAUUUGCAAAUUCUGAAGAGGAAAAGUCAGAAUUAUGGUCUGCAAGAAGAUUAGCCUUGUGGUCCACAAUUGAUUGGGGUAGAAAAUUAGUUGACCCUAAAGUGAAGGUCUACAUCACUGAUGUCGCAGUGCCAAUUUCCAAGCUUCCAAAGGUUAUCACCGAAACUCAAGAUGACAUUGCUCGGUCAGGUUUCAAUUCUACAACCAUCGGUCAUGUUGGUGAUGGUAACUUUCAUGCUCUUAUUCUUUAUAAGGAUGAAGAAGCUAAACAGGCAAAGGAUCUUGUUGAGAGAAUGGUGAACCGUGCUUUAGAGAAUGAUGGAACUUGUACAGGAGAACAUGGUGUCGGUGUUGGAAAGAGAGAGUACUUGAUAAAAGAGGUUGGGGAUGAGGCUGUUGAUACAAUGAGACGCUUGAAACUCGCUUUAGACCCUUUAAGACUACUAAACGCAGACAAGAUCUUCAAAAUUGACCCAGAGGAUAAGAAUGACCAUUGA